GACCAUAUGAGAGUGGAUGCGAUGCUCCAUCGACUUGAAAAUUGAAAUCAAACAAAAAAGAGAAUAGUUUCUCUUUUCUCUCGAGAGGUUGGAUAGUGAAUUCACAUGACAAAACCCAGAAGACCAGAACCAAACUUACCAUUCAGACGCUGUGAAUAUAAAAUAUUGCAACUUCCUUCGCCCAAGGUCCUUGCCUCACGAACAACUGACUAGCUGGAAAAUAAAAUUAAAGUGGAUGCGUAAAAGACAAAAAUAUGCAGGGGGGAAUCAUAAUUAAUUAGUACAACAUUAACUAGGUUCACCUGACCCUUCUUAAUGGCGCAAAAGGACAGGACCCAAAGGGAGGUCCUAGCAGCAUUGACACAUGCAGAAACCGCGUGGACCGUGCUUGAAACCCACCGGUUACUCUCUCGUCCCACCGACCUUUCCCUUCAAAUUCAGCCAAAAACUUCCAGCUGUCGCAAAUUAUUUAUUGCAGCCCCCUUUUGCUUUUCUUUACUAUAAGUACCACUCAACGCCUCACUCUCCUCCUACACUGAAAAUUCUAAUCACUUCACAGUUCUCUACAUAUAUAAUUAAAAGAAAAUAAAAAUGAAGGUCUUGUUUGGAACUCUGCUGGUUUGCUUUCUUCUUCUAAGUUGCUCAGUUUUGGAACCUGUCAUGGCACAGCCUCGGUCACCUCUUUGUGCGGGGAAGUGCAAGGCGAGGUGCAAUAAGGCAUCGGUGUAUGAUCGAUGCAUCAAGUACUGUGGGUUAUGCUGCGAGGAGUGCAAGUGUGUUCCUUCAGGAACUUAUGGAAACAAGCAUGAGUGCCCUUGCUAUAGGGACAAGGUGAACAAGAAGGGCAAACCCAAGUGCCCUUGAAGAAGGCUUCAACAUUUGUAUUUGAGUUAAGCCAUCAAUGGGCUAGAUAGCCAGAGAACAUAAAGAGAGAGAGAUGCCCGAACUGAACUUCUAGUUAAUUUGUACGGAAGACGUGUAUGCAUGUGCUUAUGAUAAUAAAAAUAUUUGUUGUGCCCUUUAUUUCAUGGUCUUUUUCAGCAGUAUUAAUUUCUCUUGCACGUUGGUUUUUAUUGAGGGUUGGUGCAGUCUAUUUCCUUUGGUGUUUCCUAGCUGCAAAAGAAACGAUGGUUUGAAAUGAUCAAACAUGGAAGGUAGAGGAGAAUAUAAUAGUGUUUGCUCAAAAUCUUUGAACAAACCAUUCGGACAAAAACAACAAUAAACUAGAUUGGUCAUGUCAUAUGUUGGUUAAUUGAAACUA